UUACAUAGGCAUUCAAACUGUCACAUUACAUUUAUUUGCUAUUGAAUUUCACAAGAUUUUUAUUUUAAUAAUUUGUAGCUGAAACCAUGGAUAAUGCUGAAACAAUGAGUACCGUAUUCUUAAAAAAAAUAUUGCUGAAAAAUCCGGAAACCGAUAAAAAGCGUUACAUAUAUCUGCAUAGUGAGUGGCAUGAGAAACAGCUCGUCAAAUUAUUUGUGAAAGAAUCGUCCACAACGCAUUAUUAUGAAGGAAAAGUGGACGCCAAAGAUUUUGUAGAGGCUGCAGAGGAACUGGAUAUUUCGUUGGACGAAUAUUUGGACAAUCUCCAGAAAGUGCUAACCACAGAUAUUGGCUUGACUGGCUUUGAAAUUGAGUUGGAACGUGAAAAUAAAAUACUGCGUGUGAACCGAACUGGGGAUGUGGAGAUUAUGUAUGUGGAAAUACAAUUGAGGGAAGCUGAUAAAAAUUAUGAUAUGUUGGACGUUGCAUUGCAAACGAUCAACAAUGAAAAAAGUAAAAAUGAAGAUCAGGUGGUAGAAAAAGCGCUAACAAAUGUAAUCGGUGCUGUUGAAGAGGUACUGCAAGAGAAAGAGGAAUGGAAACAGAAGAUGCUGAGCAGAUUUGUUUUAAUAUUGAAUGAGAAGAAAAAUAAAAUAGCCCGAAUAGAAAAGGAAUUGGAAAAGGCACACAAGGAGAAGAGGCGCGCCAGUUCUACACAAAUGGUUGUGCAGGAUAAGGAGCAAGAUAUGAUUACAGAUGAGCAAGCUAAUAGCAGUGACGAUGACUUCAGUGCUCCUACACAGCGGUUUACACCACCAACUACAGACACGUAAUAAAAUCCGUACAUAUAAAUUUAAUAAGUAUUUUAAAAUAUGUAAACAAAUAUCUGUUGUAUUAAAUUUUUAUAUAUAAUAGUUGUUAAUAUAAUACAAUU